AUGUUCGUGCUGUGGCCGCUUCUAUGCUUGGCCCUCGUUUUUGGCGAUGAUCAGAGCGCCAUCCCAUGCGAUUCCCAAUUUCCCUACUACAGCGGCGAAUACUGCUAUUCGAAACUCCCCGGCUCAAGCCCGGUGAACGAUCUUUGGGUGUGCGAGGGCUAUCACUCGCUUCCGGCCAUCGUCACAAAUGCCUUUGACAAUGCUUUCCUGGCUAAGCUUCUGAACGGGAAUAGCACGUGGUUGGGCAUGUUGUGGAAUGGGACUCAUGUCCUACCUGCUGGCCCUGGUGAUGUCAUUAAUUAUGCAAGAUGGGGACCAGGCCAACCAAAAGGGAACGGGACAAUAGUGAUGGGUCCGGAUGGGUACUGGCACGUACUAGCAAAGGACGAGAGAUAUUCUCCGUAUUUCUGCCAGCACAAGGCCAUCGAGGAUUGUCAGGGAUGGCGGUUGGAGCGCUUCCAUGAAGACUCGGGGGUGAUGACGGUUAAAGUGGGAAAUGGGGUGAGACAAGUGUAUUGCGACAUGACGACGCAGGAUGGCGGAUGGACGCUUUUGCAAAGCCGUGUCGACGCAAAGGAGCCAUUUUGGAAUCGGAAAUGGGCCGACUACAAGCAGGGCUUCGGCACAGCGGAUCCGGCCAGCAAUUAUUGGCUGGGCAACGAGGCGGCGCAUGUUAUGACCAAUUUGGGUAGUGACACGGAGCUACUCGUCGAGAUGUGGAACGAUCGGCAGCCGGGAUCGAAUCGAACUACCGCCUAUUGGUGGGCCGGGUACACGAAUUUUUCGAUUGACGCGGAGUCGACGAGUUAUACCCUUUACGCAUGGCAGGAUUGGCGGGAUAUUCUCGGAAAUGCGUCGGCCAACUGGUAUGACCUCACCUACAGUUCCGGACGUCCAUUUUCCACCAUCGACCGUAUCAACGACCCGCAAGCCAAAUCCGUUAGCGAUUUCCAUUUGGGGGGUUGGUGGCUGUAUUACGGGGCGUUUUGCUCGUUGAAUGGAGAAUAUGUGCCGCCGAUUAGCUGGGGGAACGGUUACGGGAUGUUUUGGUUGGUGGAGGAUCCAAAAUGGCAAAAGGGGGAGCCGUAUCAGUAUGUAAUCAACCCCGCGCACUCCAAGAUGAUGUUCCGACGAGUGGUAAAGAAUGGAAGAAUGCUAGCCACAAAUCGGAUUCAACGAGUUUAC